UAUACGUUAAUUUUAUAAGACGUCACAUGAAAAUCCAUUUAAAAAGAGGAGAUUUGAUUUACUUUUAUCUCCAGAGCCAGCCCAGCUUGGAUCAAAGCCCAAUUGAAAUACAGUGGAAAAUCCCGCUCUUAAAAUAAAUAAUUGUUGGUUUUUUUCACUUUUAUGGAAAAAUCCAAUCCCUUCUGUAACUUCGUAUUCUGGAGAAAAGCUUAGAAGAGACUUUGUUGUGUAAAAAUAAUCUCUCGUCCAUACUACAGGCCUACUUUUUAAAAUUAUAUCAUAAGAGAAAAAAAAUAUAAACAAUCAUCUGAUAACAAACUUCUCUAUUCGAUGAUUUUUUGAAACGCCCAAAUAAGAUAUUUGAUACAUCAAAAAGUAAGUUGAAAACUUCUCUUUUUGUUUCUUUUUUUAUAAUCAUUGGUCCGUUGUGAUUGGUCAUUGGCAUUGCAUGAAAAUAUAAUAAACUGUAACUGACAAUAUAGGCAUAGCUACAUUGUAAAAUUACUUUAGUGUAGAUUUUUCACGAACAUUUCAGAGCGAAUCAUGUUCUCUUUUCAUUUAGUCCGUUUUCGAGUUAUAUUUUGAAUUUCGAAUUUUGAAUACCAAGACUUCCUACCACCAUACUAUUUGAUUUGGUCCAUAAACACAUUCCCCAUGUCCUAUCCCAUAUUUACUAAGCAUUAUCAGAAAAAUAGUUACCAUUAUUCUCUACUGAUACUGAAAAUAUUUACACGAUAAAAUGUAAAAGUGUAUCUUAUAUUAUGGCAUUGAAUCAAGUUCAAAAUAUAACUUUGUACUUUAGUAAGGGAGGUGAGGGAACUUUUGAUCCGCUGAAUUUUUGAAAGUUAAUUUAUUUUAAAUAUCUUUCCCUUUAUUUAUUAUUUGGCACAAAGUGUGAUUUUCUGCAAAAUAACACCAGUUUCGUUCCUUUGUAUGUCUACAAACAAUCAAAUAAAAAAAAAAUAAUAUUAAAAAAUAAAAAUAAUUUUAAAAAAUAAAAUAAAAUAAUAUUAAAAAAUAAAAAUAAUUUAAAAAAAAUAAAAUAAAAAUAAUAUUAAAAAAUAAAAAUAAUAUUAAAAAAUAAAAAUAAUAUUAAAAAAUAAAAAUAAUAUUAAAAAAUAAAAAUAAUAUUAAAAUAUAAAAAUAAUAUUAAAAAAUAAAAAUAAUAUUAAAAAAUAAAAAUAUUAUUAAAAAAUAAAAAUAAUAUUAAAAAUGGCAACAAAGAAAUGUGCGGGCGGCAAUGGUCGAUAUGUAAACAUAUUAUUAUUAUUAUAUAUGGCACUCGAAGCCGAAAGAUUUGUUGGUGUCCGGGACAAUUUGAUCGAAAGAAAUUUCGUCGACGGUAAAUUGAUCGACGGUAAUUUGAUCGCACGGAAAUUUGGUCGAAUCUUUUUCCUCCGUUCGCACGUUAAAAUUUUCGUCAAAUUUCUUUUUGAACUCUCUUAUACUAUUUACUGUAUUUAGUAAAACAAAAUAAUUCGUUCAAAGAGAAAUUUGAUGCAAAAUUGUAACGUAAAAAUUGAAAAGAAGAUUCGACCAAAUUUCCGUUCCAUCAUAUUACAGUCCACCAAUUUACCGUCGACGAAAUUUCUUUCGAUCAAAUUUCCUGAUACGGUCCUGGAUGGAGGAGGGGUGGGGGUGUGGGGGUGCUAGGUGAAGUUAGUUUGUUUUUGGAUUGAAUUCGAAAUGCGGUACACCUAAGGCCAGCACAACGCUUGCUGGCGCCCAGGACAAGCUUAAAUUUUGCACCCCUUUUAUGUAUAGGCCUAAUCAUUAAACAUUUGUGUAAAAACUGGGGCUUAGGUAAUGAGCUUAUUAACGAGGUUAUUUUUUAAAACAAACAGUGAACAAUAAAAUGGUAUUUCUUAACUUGCAUGAACAAUCAGCAUACAUAUGACCCCCCCCCCCCCCCCCCCUCCCCUAAGUAACAAAAAAUUUUUUUUUUUCACUUUCUUUUGCUUUCACGCGCAAUGAUUUUUCAUAUUUUGGAAGAUCGUCGAUGACACCCUAGGAACAUGGCGCCCUGGGCAACUGCCCAAAAAUGCUUGAAAUGCGAUAUAAUUUAAAUUUGUGUAAUUAAUAAUAUACUUUAAAGUAUGAAUUAUAUAUUUUUUAAAAUUAUUACAUUAUAUUAUGAUUUAAAAAUUGAUGUAAUUAAUCGAAUUAAUUCAUUAAUUGAAAUUUAAGUGUAAGUAAGUUUAGUAGUAAUAGUAGUAGUAGUAAGGUUACAGUAAGGCAAGGUAACUGAAUCUUGACUUUGACUUUGACUACGUGUGACGUGUGAGUGUGACGAGGCUAGAACGAGUUUAUAAAGGCAUCAACAUGAUAAGUUGUUAAAAAUCUAUUUUUUGGGAAGAUAAAAUAAUAAUGCAUUAAUGCUUAAAACCUUUUUUUUUUUUUUUUUAAAUGGUGAAUUUUUUUAUGACCUUUUUGAAGCAUGUAAUAUCGGAAAAAUUUAUUUUGCGAUAAAUUGGGAAUUUCCCAUUUUAAGGGAGGAAAUCCCAGGUUCCAACACUAGCCAAUAAAAUGCGAGAAAACGGCAACCGGUUUGUUAGUUGACGCAUUUGGGGACGUUCAACAUAAAAUAUGGUUUUAAAAUACAUUUAAUGGGAAAUUCCUAUUUGAGGAUUAAGUUUGGACUAAGUAGCGGCGUCUGGCUGGACUUUCUGAACGUUCUAAAGACUAACUAACAGACGAUGAGAUUGAGCGCAAUAAUCAUUGUAAAUUAUUAACUCACAUGAAUUAUUCAUUGUAAUUUCAUUACUACUAUUAAAUAUUAUUAUUAGGCCUAGGUAAAAAAGAAUCAAUAAAUCAUUGACUACUCGAUAACUAUUCUUUAAUUGAGUACUCAACUCGGUAGUAGUAGUAGUAGUAGUCUUUGUCUUACACUUUUACUGUCUUUUACUCAGUAAGAGACUUAGUCUUAAAACUCUUAGUCUACACACGUCUGUAACUAGUACUACGGACUAUUCAUUCAAUUGGAGGAAGACUUUAACUAAAAAAUUCAGCAUCAACCACCUCAGCCUCAGGUGAGUCUGCAGAGUCUGCACGAGUUUCCUUAAUAAUUUAAAACACAUUGACGUCAUUGUUCGAAUAUCUAUUUCUAUACUCUAUACAAAUCACUUCAAGUUCAAUUUUUCGGCCUUCAAACAUCAUCAAUGACCAAUUUAUUAAUCUUUACUCACUGUCAAUGAUACAUACAUUACUGAUAUAAUUUAAUAAAUAAUAAAUAAGACUACUACCAAUAAAUUACUGAAUAAUAUUCACGGCGUACUGUUCACAUAAUUCACAUACCAUUCAUAUUAUAUUUAUGUAAUAAGAUAGAUUAGAUAAAAUAUAGUCUAUACUAUAAUAGUAAGUAUGAAGGUCCGCAAAUUAAAAAACCUUAUGUCAUGUGUAGGGCUAUUUGAAGUAUUUGCAUGCCUUGGCCUUGGGUUUUUUGUUAAGGGCAGCAAAAUCAAGGACUGUUGCACUUGCAGGCAUCACAAAUUCAAGCUACUACACUACUGAUUAAUAAUUUAUUAUUAUUUAUAAUUGAGCAUUAUUAUUGAAAUUGUUAAUUAUUUAUUAAGCAUUUUUUAAUGAAAGAAUCUUCUCAGCAGUGGAAUUAUCUGUCCAUUAAUCAAUUAAUUGGUUCAACCUUAGUUUUAUUAUCAGUCUAUUUAAGGAUUAAUUUUUAUUGAUAUAUUUUGGUUACUUUGUGUGUAUGUGUGAGGGCUUUGUGGAAAGUGGGUGUGUAUGUGUGUCUGGCUGUAUUUCUGUAGUGACCUGGACCUGGUCAAGUACACUGAACCGGGGCAAAAUUCUGAUUCUUCAUUGUUGGAUUUUCAUGGGUGAUCCUUUAAGUUCUGAUAUAAAUUUCCACCUACCCGACUUCAAUUCCACAUUUAAAUUUAAUUAUUUAAAUUCAAGUAUACAACUGAGCUUUGCCACAUAUGCUUAAUCUCUCAGGGCUUUUUAUUUUGGACAUAGAACGCAAUGGUGUAUUAAUAAAUGUGUGCAUACCUGCAACUUUGUCUAUUUAAUUCCUCUUUUUAGCUGCUUGUCAUUACAGGAGUAAGAAACUAUUUCAGAUUGUAAUCCAACCACUUACCGAUCUUCAUGACAUAUUGAAGCAGAUGUUGAAAAAUGAUAGUCUGUUCUCAGAAAUAUUGCUUGAUUCCUUAAAAUACAUGGUUAAUGCCGGUUUGACAUUAAUUUUAGCUUAAAUCAUUCACAUUCAUUAGUUUUUGUUUUUUGGUUUUUUUAGUGAUAAGAGGAGAGGAUGUGUUCUUGGGCCAGACAAUGAACACAGUAAAUUCAUAUCCUUCAUCAUUUGCUCAGGCAGACACAACUUACAACAUGGAGGAUAGCAAUUCCCCUACUUAUACAAAGCAAAGGAAAAGAAAAAAUGAUGAUGUAAGUUUAUUUAAUUUUUUUUUGUGGUUUCUUUUAGUAAAAAUCUCCAUCUUUAUCUAGAGUAUAUAUUUUAUAAGAAUAUCACGUGUGAGAGAUGAUUAGUAAAAAGAGCUUCUUAUAGCAUUAAAUGAAUUUUUUUUGGGAGCAUAAAUUACUUUACACAGUUUUGAACACAUUGAUUCAUUGCUUUUUCUCAAUCAUCACAGUCCCUCUUAAGUGAAGAAGACAAGCUUAAGAAGAAAAAGAACAGAGAUGCUGCCAAAAAAUGCAGGGAGAAAAAAGAAAAGGAAGCCAAACAAUUAAAAGAGGUAAUACACUUACAAACUUGGUUUUUUAAUGGCUAUCAGUUCAAGUUUUACUAAUUCAUAAUACAUUAUGAAAUUAAGUUCUUUGUUGGUGGAAUUUGUUUGAUCUCAUGACUAUUUUUUUAUUUUAUUUCAGAGAAAUAAUGAGCUGGAGAGAGAAAAUGAGGAGCUUGCCAAAGUCAAAAUUAAACUCGAAGAUAGAAUAACGAAUAUUAAAAAAAUAAUCAGUGUACACAUGAAUAAAGGAUGUAAACUGCCUCCACAUGUUCAAGAAAUCUGGGAUCAGGAGUUUGGUUCAGCAAGUAGAAUGAACGACAUAAAGGACUUCAUAGAGGUUGGGACAAUGGAGAUUCAAAGUUCAAGAAUGCACACCCCCCCACACACCCCCGACAGUUCCUCAUCAGGGAGGCUGUCACCUACAUCUUCCACCACAUUCACAGAGUCUUCUGCACCAACCCCUAUGCCGGUGUCAUUGUUCAGUGGAGCGCCAAUACAGCAGCGGGACGUUAGGCGAAAAAACAGUAGCGCAAGCAGGUCUCCGUCUGCAUCGCCAGGACCAACCUCUUACACAGGUGCUCCUAAGGAGGACUCCGUGUCACAGAUGCAAGAUCUUUCUCAGCAUUUGUUUGCAUCAAAAUCAAUCCCCCCAGCUUUGGCUCCCAUUCAAGUGACCUCAAACCAUCAUUUUAGAAUUUCAUCUACUGUUUCAACAGAUAGGCUAAGCAUUAGUGAGAACUACAGUCAAGUGCAGACCGUACCGACCGUGGUGUUAGAUGAUGACUCAGAAGAAGGUUUGGAUUAUAAAGAGGAUGAAAGCUAUAUAUUGCAGACUACUUCUAAAUUAUCAUGGACUCCAUUACCAGAAGAUCCAAUGAGUAAAGCUUUUGAGCAUCCAGAUGUGCCUAGUGAGGAUGUAAUCUCAAAUGAGCUUUUCAGAAGUAAAGAAUAUUACAAAAGUGUUCAGAUUCCAACAGAAAAUGAAAAUCUAUCAUCCUUGGGAUUCAAUGCACCUGAGGGGUAUUCAUUUGCAGAGGACCUGGAAGAGCCAGAACCAGUUCAAAAUAUCAUGGAGUACGCCACAUCUUCAGCGCACGCCACGUCUUCCGUGCCAUCACUCAAUUCAAACAAUGACAGAUUAUCAAAGACUUCCACGCAGAUUUCUUCUGAUGUAUCGAUUGCCACAUGUGCCCCGGCACUGCUCUCGCUUGGUACGGACAUAUCACCAACCUUACAAGCACAGAUCAAGUCUUACAGUAAGCCGAACCCUGUUAUUCCAUUAGUUGUUAUGCACAGGGCUCAAAAUCAGCAGAUUCAGCAGACUUUAUUAACUGACCAAGGACAGCAGUACACCAUACAAGUGGUUCACAGCAACCCAUCACAGCAGAACAACAUGAUUUCCACCCCCUCCAAGUAUACAAGCAGUACUAGUGUGUCAGCAUUACCAACACUGCUAGUGAAUCAAGCUUUACAGCAGGGACAACACACCACUCUCACUGUUGUCAGCCCAGAGUUUGUAAAGGGACUUUCAUUUCAAGAAAGGGACCAAAGUGCAGUAUCAAAGGAUGUUCUGCAGCAUAGAAAUAUACCAACUUGUGUCAGCAAUAACAUUAUGCCAGUGAUAAAUAAACAACAAAGACCCCAACUGAACAUUUCUGUACCCCAUGUUCUUUUAUCCUCCUCUCAGCCAGUUUUAGUCACCUCUCAGGCACAUCAAGCCUCGCUGACCAGACUGCAAACGCCUGGUCAAAACCCUGUAGCUGCCCCUCAGGUGCAUCAAGCCUCGCUGACCAGACUGCAAGCGUCUGUUCAAAACUCUGUAGCUACUUCUCAAGCACAUCAAGCUACUCCGAGCAGGAUGCAAGCAGCUGUCCAAAACGCUGUAGCUACCCCUCAGGCGCAUCAAGCUACAACCGGCCGGAUGCAAGCAUCUGUCCAAAACUUACCAUCUGGAGAUUUCAGUUCAGCUGUCAAUGAUCUUCCUAGUUUAAAUUUUAAUGAAAUGGACCAGGAGAACAUCUUUGAAAAAACCCGGGCUACCAAGGUUUGAGAAGUAGUCUACUCCACAUAGACUGCAGUACUUUGGCUAUGACUAGUUGCAGUUCUGUACAAUUAUGACUAGUUGCAGUUAUGUACAAUAAGGAAUUAGUAAAUUUUCAUCAUUUUUUUUUUUU